AUGCAAGCAAAAAUUAAUCAAACUUUUGAAAAAUUGUUAAAUUUUCAAAUGGAUAUAAAUGGAAAUAUAAGCUAUAACAAAAACUUAGACGUUGAGAUUAUUGAAAAAGAAAUUCUAAGCAAAUGUGAAUUUGGUUGUUUAAUUCCAUCUCCUAAUGUAGUGAUUUUAACCCCUACUGGUUCUCCAAAUGAUGACAAUGAGAUUUUUCAUGCUACACAAAUGUACAAAGAAGAAUUCCUACUAAAUGAUGAUGAAUAUCUAGAUAUUUGCGCAGAUGAAGCUAUCUUUAGGAGUUACGGGAUCUUUCAUUUGGCUACAACAAUUGGUGUUCAUUUUUUGGAUAAACUUCAAGCUGUUGUUGACUAUAGAUCAACAAGAAGAGUACUGGAAUUAAUAUGGGUUGCGAUGAGGGUAGCGAUACAAAUUUAUAUAAAAAAAAAGAAUAUUAAUAUUGAGGACAUUACAGCUGGACCGAUAAAUGAAAAUAUAUGCAUUAGAGUUUGGUAUUUUUAUUAUGAAUAUUUUGCAAUGUGGAAAAGUCACCUUAUUGGAAUACGCAUUGGUAACUAUGAAUUACAACGGGACAGUCUAACAGCUUUUGCACCUCUCUUUCCAGCUGCAGGCAAAAAUAACUAUACAACAUCUGUUGCUCAUUUUCUAUCAAUUCUUAAAAAAUUUUCCAAGUUAGAAGAAAAACUCCAAUAUUGUGCUUCUAUUAAUUUGGCAAGAAAAGGACACUACCCAGCAUUUGAUGAAGCUUUAGAAAUGCGUGGUGUUGGGUAUAUCAAACAAAAUAUAAUCGGAAAUGUUGUUGAUCAGGAAAAUUUAACGCUUCAAAUCCAAGCCACUCAAGAAGAAAGGGAGAGAAUUGAUACAUUAUUAAAUGAAUUUUUAGACCCCUAUAAUUAUGACAGGAAUGAUCGUAAAGUGAACAACAGAAUUGAUCCUUUAUGGAAGUUGAUAGAAAAUUUGGUUGAGAUUUUUCAAAUGGAUAAUUAUACAGAUCAUGAACUUUUUAAAAAAAAUCCGCCAUCACAAUUAACUCCAGAAGGUUUAAAAAAAUUGAGCAGUGCUUAUAAUAAAGGAUUGAAAAGAAUAAAAGACGUUUAUUGUCAGGAAGUCAUUAAAACUAAAUGGAUAAAUACAAAAGGAAGAUGCCAUUUGGAAAUAGUUAAAACAGAUAUAAGAUCGGUAAAAUCUUCACAAAACCGAAAAAUUCAUCAAGAGAAUUCCUCUAUAUCUCAAUCAAAUAAAAAUUCUCAACAAUCAUCUAUCUUAAAUGAUGAAAAUCCUGCUCCUAAACAUCAAAGAAUAAUUACGACUGACGAAGAAAAAGAGAUAUUAAGUUCGUUAUUACUUAAAGAUACAAUACCAACUGAAACAGAAAUUAAUAAUGUUUUAAUAAAUUUACCAGCUGAAUGGGAUAGUCAGAGAGUUAAACGUUAUUAUAAUAAUAAUAAGAUGUCCAAAAAAAAAGAAAUAAAUUUUAUAAAUACAAAUAAAAUUUAG